AUGUCAUCAAAGCCGCAACCCAUCGCCGCUGCCAACUGGAAGUGCAACGGCACCCAGAAAUCGCUUACCGCACUUAUUGAGGCCUUCAACGCGGCGAAGAUUGACCACGACGUUCAGUGCGUAGUCGCCCCCACCUUCCUUCACAUCCCAAUGACGAAGGCGCAGUUAACCCACCCAAAGUUUCAGGUUGCAGCGCAAAACGCCAUCGUCAAAAGUGGCGCCUUCACAGGUGAGGUGUCCCUCGAGAUUCUCAAGGACUAUGGAAUUAACUGGGUUGUGUUGGGUCACUCGGAGCGUCGUUCGUACUAUGGUGAAACGAACCAAAUUGUCGCAGAAAAGGUUGCCAAUGCAUAUGAUGCUGGCUUCCACGUUAUCGCCUGCGUGGGUGAAACCAACGACGAACGUGAGGCUGGCCGCACUGCUGCUGUCGUGUUGGCGCAGCUUGCGGCCAUUGCUAAUAAGCUUAGCAAGGAGGCGUGGUCCCGCAUCGUCGUUGCCUACGAGCCUGUGUGGGCCAUCGGUACCGGUAAAGUGGCGACCCCACAGCAGGCGCAGGAGGUUCAUGAAUUGCUACGCCGUUGGGUGCACAGCAAGGUGGGUGCGGACGUCGCCACGCAGCUGCGCAUUCUCUACGGCGGCUCAGUGAACGCCACAAACGCAUGCACGCUGUACCAGAUGCGUGACAUCAACGGCUUCCUCGUGGGCGGUGCCUCGCUUAAGCCGGAGUUCGUGAAAAUUAUUGAGGCAACAAAGUAG